GACGUCUUCCUCCCUUAGCGAGACCGAGGAUGCCACCCCCGGCCGCGAAGGAGGCCGGGAGCAGGGACCUGCGGGAGAAAGCCGGGAAGGGUGCGCAGAGCGCGGAGUCCCGUGAGAAGCGCGCCAAGGGGGCACCCGCAAGAGAGCCCCCCAAGCCGGGCUGGGCUCUGUCCCUGGAGGGGCUGGAGGCCAUGAGCCCCCAGCAGUGCCACCGCCACCUGCUCUUCGGGGACUUGCUUGAAGACGUGGGUGCGGCCGCCUCCAUCUUCCCGCGCGAAUCAGCGGAGUUGGGGUACCGGAUGCCCGACCCGCGGGCGUGGACGCAGUCACAGGAGCCGCCGACGGCGCGCCAGGACCGGCUGCUCGGCGUCCUCAAGGCGGCGGAGGCCCGCGGCCGGGUCCGCGCCCUGCGGCUGCGCUACACCUACAUGCGGGCGGAGGAGAUCUCGCUUCUCAUCCAGCGACAGAAGUGCGCGCGCGCCGCCAUCCGGCUGGAGCUGUUCCUGCCGCCGCAGCUGAAGCCCACGCGGAUCCCGGACCCGCUGGACCGCCAAGAGCGGAGGCGCGUGGAGACCAUCCUGGAGGAGAAGGUGGACAGCAGGAACUUCCUGCGCUGACGGGCGGCUGGCGCUGUGGCUCCCACCCCGCCUCCCGCAUAAAGUUCUCCUUCUCCAAG